AUGAGUAAAGCUGCCAUGGAACCCUCUACACAACAUUCCAAAAAUCCGCUAGAAGAUCGCGAUGUUGCUUCUCAAACGUACCUUUCCCUUCCUCAGAGCAACAGUGACCCUGCAAAGAUUAAGGCCCCUCUGAUCCAAUCAAUACGGUACUCCCCAUAUCCAAAGCCGACAUUCAUAGCUGCUGUCAGACAGAAAGCCUCUGGCGCUUUGAAGCAGGCUCUGCAAUGGCACCAGACCCGGAUCCAGAACUGGUUGUCACCCAAACAGUCGACACAGGAGAGCACGGAUGUUGAUUCCGAAACCACGACUGUUGAGAACGACUCGUUGUCCUCGAUACCCGGCUCUGAUGCGGAGCUCACAACUCCUGAGAUAGAUCAGCAGACGCAGGUCUCCGAAAACAGUGAAUAUCUGUCCGUUGGGGACGUUGAAGUCAGUACACUGCCUUCGGAGGAUUUGAUGACCAGUUGUAGUACCGAUUUUGGCCAGCGAAAUGAAGCCUACCAACCACCUCUUCAGUCCCUCCAAGCGUCCGACCAAUCUUCGGGGGUAAGCAUCAAAGCGCAGACUCCGGAAUAUCGUCACAGAAUAACGCAUGACCAGCACUCACCACUGCACACUCAGCAGCAGAAGUUCAACGAUACAUCUCGGUUUGUAUAG